AUGAGCAUAGCCAACACGGUGAGCGUGGACUCGGUAUCGCAUGCUCUGGCGUGCGAGCUGUCUGCUGACGGGUCGGUUUUGGCGGUGGCUUUUGUGGACAAGUCGGUGCGUCUUUUCAUCCGACAGGACGACUUGUGGACCCGGCAGAUGACGCUCUUUCACAAUGACGGAGCCGUGGAACACAUGAGAUGGCUAGAGUGGGUUGCGAAGGACGCAAGUCCGACCUUGGCGAUUUCGUCAGGCCAGGAGGUGGCCAUCUUUGAGCCCUACAACCGGGUUUCUCCCGUGACCAAAAUCUCGGCCCCGUUUGUGGUGUGCGGAUUCAGCCAAUCAGGGGACUAUCUCAUGGUCUGGGGAUGUUCCAACACGAUUCUUUUUCAAAAGUGGAAAAACUACGACACGGAAGCAGAGGUAGCCCAAAUCCUGGUACCAUUGCCCUCGUCGGUGGGAUGGCCCCUGGCAGCCCCUUUCCAGCAGUAUCGUGACUUUCUGACGGUCGGAAAACGCAAUGCAAGCAUCUCCGCAUGGUCUAUAGUGGACCAUAUGCACGAGUCACGGGUUUGCAUGCCUGUGUCUUUGUACGAGUCACGGUUGACAGACUCGGCCUAUGGGCCUGGCCUGUUGGUGGAAAAAAUCGGGUCUUCGCACUGGGUGGUUGUGCAAAAGAAUGGAUGGACGCUCGUCAAGUGGGAAACAGAAGAUGACGAGCCUGGCAUCCACCAGGAGAUUUCUGCCGACUUGGAGGGCGUCAAACAGGUGAUUGUGACGGACCCCAGUGCCAAGUCGCCGUCUUUCGGGUUUGUGACCAAGAAACACACCGUUUUCUGGGUCUCCAACGGCCAUUCCCAGCUUGUGGAUGCUCCUGAAGGUGCAUCUACGCUCGACUGCUGUUUCUAUGACUGCCAAACAAGCAGGAUUGUUGGUUUGUUUACAGAAAAUGGGGAGACACUGACAGACAGUAUCAAUGUGUCUCAGUGGCCGCUGACUUGGUCUGGAGAGAAGCGUGCUAUUCAGGUGACGAAACAAAAGGAGGAAGAGAUUGAACACCCCUUGGCAGAUGUUCUAAACAUCAAUCUCAAUCAAAACGGUGAUGUCUGCGCCACUAGUACCCACAUUGACUCGGCCACGUCCCUUAUCGGCCUCUCAAACGGCUCGAUUGUUCAUUCUGAGUCGGGCAAGACAAUCAGAGGUUUCACAGGACCGAUAAUCCACUUGUUCGAGUUGGCUAAAGAGUUCCGAGUGGCCAGUCUUGUAGCUGCAGGUUCUGCCGCGGCUGCAGCUGUGUCAGUGGGCGUCCCGUAUGCAGCUGCGCCUCCCAGAAGCUAUAUUGCUGUUUCUGGGUCGUCUGAAGUAGGAAUCAUCGACUCCCAGGGCCAGCUCAAGUACAUGGUUCCAGGCAACCAUGCAGCUAUCACCAAGCUGGUCACCUACGUGAACCUUCCCAACGUGCUUGGAGUCAAGUAUCUGGAUGGCAGUAAGCGUCUGUGGAGCCUGGAGACCAACGCAGAGUUCUCUGACAAGCUGAGCGCUGAGAACUGGGAAAUCGAGCUGCAUUGCUUGUGUUCUUCUGGGGAGGAUGGCCAGAUGUUCGUCGACUCACGAGACAGCGGCCUUGAGAGUGCUGGCUCUUGGGCUGUUAACUUGGAGCCUCUUCUGAAGAGUGGGAAUUACGUACAGGUUUGUCGGUCUAUUUUGGCUUCAAUUAGUCCACAGAUUGAAGAUGGAGACGAUGACCCCUUCUAUUUGUUGCUGGCGGGCUUGCCUCCCUCAAGUACAGUUUCUGGCUCAUUGUCAACCUGUGGAGCAUGGGUUUAUGAUAAUGGACUGCUUUCCGUGUCACAUGACUUGACAGCAGUGUUCCUACCAAUCGUUGCAGCCCUGGCUGACACAGUUUACGAAGCCCAGGAGGGUAAGAGGCUUCAGCUGACUACUCUGAAGCCAUUGACCUCUGUUAAAGGGUUCCUGACUCCCUCAGCUACAGCUCUAGCUCAUACAGCAGUGCACAGCUCGUCGCGACUGAAGAGAGCAGCCAAGCAGUGUCUACAGGCCUUCUUUUCGGACUUGCGAUACGACCAGGAAUCGCUGCUUAUCUCCAUCUACAGUGACAAUAGCAACCUGCUGUUUGACCCUGCAGACCCCACUUCUUCCUGUAUCUCGCUAUACAUCAUUACAGCUAUUGCACGGGUGACUGGAUUGCCAGAGUACACAGGUCACGUGUGUCAGGUGGUGCGCAAUGGCAUGGAAACGGACUCUGUUCUUAUCCAGCAGUCUUCUCUGGACUGUUUGCAUCAGCUGUGGCCCUCGUUAAAGCCUGGACUGGAUCACAUUGUCGAUAUUGAAGCUGUGAUUAGCUGUUUGGCUCGUCAUGCCCAUUUGUCGUCUGAUUGCUGGUCUGUCAUCAACAGAGUGACUCGUUCCAACGCUCCUUUGUUGAUCACUGCUCUGGUGUUUCUGCUGGAGAACCUCGACAAGCCGUUAGUUGUGCGAAUCACAGCUAUCGAUGUGCUUUCCAGCUUCUUCAGCCACACCCGAAAAUCCUCCUCCAUGGACAUGUUUGUGCCGUUUGUGAUGCACACUGCUUGCAAAAUGCUGAAUCCGGACUUGCUGCGUCACUCGACCCUCCAGAGAGGCGUUUCUCUGCAGUCCAAGGUCACAGCUCUACUGUCUCAAAUCACACAGACAUUUCCGUACAUUGUCACGUUCCAUAAGCCCAGUCAACGUCUGGCUGUGGCUAUUUAUCCUACUGCCACUGCUGUGAUGAUUGAAAAGAAUGUGUCUCGACGAAGAUCUUCUCUGUCUGAACUCAACAGAGACCUGGAUAUUAAGGUCACCGACACCUGUUCUCUGAUUGUCUACGACUUGAGAAUCGGCUCAGAGUAUGCCUAUCUUGACCCCCAGGAAUUCAAUUCCAAUCAUGCUGCUCCGGUGUGGGGCCUGGUCUUUUCUCCGGAUGGAAAAAUGGUUGCUGGACUCACGGGAAUAGGGUCUAAUAGCGUCCCUGGGCCCGAUUUCGACGGAGAAACACGUGUCGUCGUUUGGCAGAUGGAAACCCAUGGAGGCACCUUCUCUUCGCUGUUCGGUAACUCCGCAAACUCUUCCCAUUCCUCCCAGGGGGUCUACUCUGAAUCAGUCAAGUUUGGCAAGUCAAGAAACGUCGUGGAGAGACAGGUGGAGAUUCUGCUCUAUGCCAGCGUGGGCAAAAUUGGAUACAGGGAUAAACAGACGCCGAGCUUUGAGCCGGCAAAGGUGGAGAGCCUGGGGAAAGUCAAGAGCGACGGUUUGAGGGUCACGUGGGUCUCGGAAACGGUCCUGGUGGUACAGGGAGAGGGGGUGAAAAAGAAGGUGGUCAUCUGA